AUAUGAACGUAAGGAACUAAGAUUUAUUUUCAAAUUAUCAGGAGGCGUAUUUACAAAUACAUACACAAAUAUGAUUAUUGAUAAUGGUCUAUUCGGGAGACAUCUCUGAAGAACAUUCGCAGUAACAUUUUGUAAAUAUUUAUUUACGUAGAACAAUGAGAAUCAAUCAGAUCGAAUCGUGAUAGUGGUAGUGGAUCGAAAUUGAUGUAAAAAUGCAAAUAUUGUAUAUGACUGAUAACGAAUUUGUCUCAUCUUCUUUGUUUUCAAACGAUAUCAGACAAUGAUAUUAGAUUUGGUCAUUUCAUUAUGUCAAUUAAAGCUUUUCUUUUGUGUGAUAAUAAAUACAAUCCGAGAGACAGAAGAGAUGGUAGAUAAAAUGGACAAUGAUAUUUUCCGUUGAGUUUGUCCUGCUGGAUAUGUUUCUUCAGUAGACUCUUAACUGUUCACAUUUCUACACCAUUUGUUUUGGGGGUUUUAUUCGGAAGAUAUUCUAAAAGAUAUUUAGAAAUCGAUAAAUUAUGGAGAAUAAUACGAAGAAUAAGAACAUCGAAUUUCAAGAUACAGCUAUCUAUGGUUAUGGAACAAGUAUACCUCCUAAUAAUAAUGAAUCCGAAGAUGAGAUAUCAUCGAAGAAAGUGAUAUUUUGCGUUCAUGGAAAAUUAUCUGGUUGUUGUACCGUUGUUAAAGGAAUUGACGAAAAUGCGUCUCCCGAUUCUUCCAUAUUACCAGAAGAUCAUUGUCAUCGAGAAAGAAAUAAAGAAAUCGACAAGAAAGCAAGGAAAAAACUUUUACUUGCGAGUGCUCUAUGCGUGUUCUUCAUGAUAGCUGAAAUAAUUGGUGGUGUACUGUCUAACAGUUUGGCCAUUGCUACAGACGCAGCACACUUGCUGACCGAUUUCGCAUCAUUCAUGAUUUCUCUAUUUUCAAUUUGGGUCGCAGGAAGGCCUGCAACAAGAAAAAUGCCAUUCGGUUGGUAUCGUGCGGAAGUGAUAGGUGCAUUAACGUCGGUCCUCUUGAUAUGGGUCGUCACUGGGAUUUUAUUCUACCUCGCUAUAGAAAGAAUAAUUAAUAAGAAUUUUGAAUUAGACGUAACUGUGAUGUUAAUUACCUCUGCAGUUGGUGUUGCGGUAAAUCUAGUAAUGGGUCUAAGUUUGCAUCAGCAUGGUCAUACUCAUGGUGGACAUAGUCAUCAUGAUCACGAUGAUCAUGAUAUGAAGAAGAUAUCAGAUAUAGAAAAUAUAUCACACAAGGAUGAACACAAAAAUAUAAACGUUCGUGCUGCGUUUAUACACGUCGUAGGAGAUUUUAUUCAAAGUAUAGGAGUUUUUAUUGCAGCAUUAGUUAUUUAUUUUAAACCAACGUGGAACAUAGUUGAUCCUAUCUGCACUUUUCUAUUUUCGAUAUUAGUCAUACUCACGACCGUGGCAAUUAUUAAAGAUGUUAUGAACGUGCUUAUGGAAGGAAUGCCUAAAGGAUUUGAUUAUUCUCAAGUUGAGAAUACCUUCAUGCAAAUCGAAGGUGUUGUGAAAGUACACAAUUUGCGAAUUUGGGCUCUUUCACUUGACAAAACCGCUUUGUCAGCGCAUUUAGCUAUAAAACCUGGUACAAGUCCGCAAAAUAUUUUACGUACAGCCACGAGAAACAUACACGAUACUUAUAAUUUCUUCGAGAUGACGUUACAAAUAGAAGAGUUCAACGAAAGAAUGGAAAACUGUGAACAGUGCAAAUCUUUAACGCAAUGAAUAUCAUCGUUUAAAAUUUAAUAUCAUGGGUUUUUUUUUCCACAUUGUAUGACGAGCUUCGACAUCGAUGAAUAUUUCUUCUUCUUCGUUUUUGUUUAUUACAUGAAAAUAUUAAAGUAAAAGA